UAACGACUUAGAUAUCUAUUUUCGAUAAGCAUACACAAUGAUGCUUACAAAAAAUACUAUUACUUUUUGUUCAUUAAAAAUAACAAAAUUAUUGUUGUCUAUUAGUUCAUAAUGUUUCAGUUGUCGAAUUUACUGAAAAUGUACCCAAUUAACCAAUACCACACUCCAAAACUGUUGAAUUUUUACAAUUUAAAAUAAAUUAUGCUACUCAAUUAAUUGUUAAGCUUAUCGAAACCAUGCGCAACAUAUAAAAAUGAACUCAUGUAAAAAAGCCUAUACAAGAGAUUGUUAAUCGUAGUUACAAUGCGUUGGUUGACAGUUUGUCUGCUUUACACUCUGCCAAUCUUUGAAGUUGACUGUAAUGAAACGAUCGUCAAUGUGCGUGGCAAAGUGAAAACAAUUAUAGAAUCAGUUGAGACCGAUUGUGAUCAUGAUUAUGUGGAAUACUUUGAUAUAGUGCCCAACAAGAUCUUACUCUUCACUUUUCGUGUCGCCAAGGUAGCGCCUUCUUUUAACCUCACCAUCACCACGCGCUCCGCAAAGACCAAGAGAGUUAUGUACAAGAUCACCGUGGAUGGCUGUCCGUUUCUUAGCAAUCCCAUCAUAAACAAAGUCUUGGGCUCUACCUAUCGUAAGAUACUGGUUAAUACCACCUUCAAGUGUCCCAUUCCACCAAAGGUUUACUUUAUGAAAAAUGUAGCUGCACUUUUUGCAAUGCCCGCGUUUCAUCCCGCUGGACAAUUUCAGAUGAAUGCUCGCGUCAGAAUGCCACAGACCAAUGCACCUUUCGUGAUGGAUAUUAACUGGAAAUAUAGUAUAGAACAUUUGAAAUAAGUACUGACUAAUGAUGUGUAACAAAACUUAAUUUGCUGUUUAUAAAUUACUCAUUAAUUUGCGUGCAACGUAGAUAAAAUGUUUAAGCACUUGUUGUUGACUUUUCAUUGAGAAUAGACUGCAAGAAGUUCGCAAUGUGGGCACCUCAGGUUUGCCUGCUAAGCACUCUACUAGUCAUUGCAAUGGAGCUGGUAAUUGUGGGUGGCAAAAUUAAGGUUAUUUUGGAAUCGGUGGAAACGGAGAGUGAUCACGAUUUUGUGGAAUAUUUUCGACCAGUUCCGCAUACAACUUUACACACAUUUCGAGUUGUUAAGCUGGCUCCAUCAUUUUCUUUAAGCAUUGUGAUGCGAGCCAUGAAAUCCCAAAGAAUAAUGUACAAGAUCGCCGAUUUGGAUGGCUGUCAGUUCGUGAACAAUCCAUUGUUAAACAAGGCAUUGGCACCCACAUACCACACCUUGGUCGUGAACAACAGCUUCUUCAAGUGCCCCAUUCAACCCAAGGUAUACUUUUUGAAGAAUGUAUCCAAAGCAUUCAUAGUGCCCACAAUUCAUCCACUUGGACACUAUCAGCUAACGGUGCAAGUCAGAAUGUCACUGAGUCCUGCGCCCUUUGUCAUGCAGGUUCAGUGGAAGUACAGAGUCUUAAAAUGAGCGUUAAACAUUUUCGGUUG